AUGGCUCGUGGUCUUCUCAUUCUCUGCGUCAGCGCACUCCUCGCUACGGCGAGCGCUGUAAAACCCGUCGUCAAGCCCGCAGAUGUGGUCUUUGUCAAUGGCGAGAUCUACACCAUGUGUCCGUCCAACGGACAUGCACAAGCUCUCGCUGUGCGUGGUGGGAGGAUUGAGUACGUCGGCAGCAAGAAAUCCGCCGACAAGUACAUUGGAAAGAACACAAAGGUCAUCGAUCUCAAGGGAAAGAUGGCCAUGCCUGGUCUUGUCGAUUCGCACAUGCAUGUUCUCUCUGGUGGCCUGUUUCUUCUCAAGUGCGAUCUGAGCUACCAGACACUGCCAAUUGAGGAUGUGAUAGAGCACAUCCAGGGCUGCAUUGAUGGCGAGACUGGCAAGAGGGAUGAUGAUUGGCUUGAGGUUGUCAACAUGGACUAUGCUGGUCUUGUUGAGAAGAGCGGAAAUGUUGGAAAGAAGCAGCUUGACAAGCUCAACACCAAGCGUCCCAUCAUCAUCCGAUCCAGCGACUACCAUACCGUCCUCGCCAAUUCGCGCGCCCUCGAGCUCUCCGACAUCGACUCCAGCACCAAGGACCCCUCCGAUGGCAAGAUUGUUCGUCUUCCUGGUAGCCAGGAGCCCUCGGGCGCUCUCUCAGAUGGCGCCUCUGCCCUCCUCGCUGGCCCUCCUCCUCCCACCGCCGAGGAGAACGUCCAGGCUGGUCGCGCAGCUCUCAAGCUUCUCCGUGAGGCUGGUAUCACUACCUUCCAGGAAGCCGCUGCUGGUGAGGAGCAUCACACUCUCUUCAGCACCAUCAAGGCCGAGGAUGGUCUCUCUGCGCGCGCGUACUUCGACUACCGCAUUGAAGCACCCAAGUCAGUUGAUGGUGUUCCUGCGCUCGUCAAGGACGUCGUCAAGAAGCUGACUCCUUGGCACGACAACAAGGCCAUUGGCCCCAAGCCUACACUCAAGUGGCAGGCGAUCAAGGCUUUCAUCGACGGUGUCAUCACAUAUCCUGCCAACACCGCUGCUCUGAUUGAUCCCUACUGGGCGCCCGUCAACAGCUCCAACCUCGAUGGCAAAUGGGCUCCCGAUAAGAAGUCUCUCAAUAACCCUUACUGGAACCCUGCUGUUCUCACCAAGACCCUCGAGCUUCUCUUCCUUGCCGGCUUUGACGCUCAAUUGCACGUCGACGGUGAUCUUGCUGUCCGUGUCGGUCUUAAUGCUGCUGAGUCGUUCCGCAAGAAGUACCCCAGCAAGGAUUUCCGCCUCGGCCUCGCUCACGAUGAGUUGUCGCACGAGAAGGACUGGCCUCGCUUUGCUAAGCUCAAGGUUGAUCCCAUUGUCAGUUACCAGUGGGCGCAGCUCAGCUCAUUCUACAUCCCCAACACGUUCAAGUCUCUCGCCGACUACCGCAAGGACAAUCUUCAGGCUUGGGCCGAGAUUGAGAAGGCGGGUCGACCUCUUGUUUAUGGAAGCGAUUGGCCUAUUGAUCCUCUCGAUGAGUUCCUCGCACUCAAGGUCGCCGUCACACGCUCCGGUGAUCCUCAGAACCCCAACUCCCCCGCAUCCCAAGGCCCUCCCUUUGACGGAAAGUUUCCCGGCAACGGAAUCUCCCGCACAUCUGCUCUUCAAUCCAUCACCAUCAACGGCGCCCGUUUCCUCCGCGCCGACAAGCAGAUCGGCUCUCUCGAGGUAGGCAAGCUCGCAGACAUUAUUAUCCUCGAAAACAACUUCUUCAAGGUCCCCGAGUCCAAACUCGGCCGCCAGAAGGUUCUGCUUACCAUGGUCGGCGGUGAGGUGGUUUAUGUGGCUGACGGGCAGAACUUUGGCGUCAAGGCCAAGUUCCCUAACGAUGACAAGGCCAGCGCUAAGCUCGCCCGUCGAACUAUCGGCGGCUUCAACGCCAACGCGUUGUCAGAGAGAGCCAAGGCCGAUGCGGCCAAGCUUCGAAAGCGCGGCACUUGCGUUCAUAAGCAUUAG